AAGAAAGAAAGAAAGAAAGAAAGGACUCAAGUGAAAGUUGAUAUCUGUUACAUGAACCCAGUGAGGUGUAGCACGUCAGAGUCUUUGUAAAACAGCAUAGAGUGGACAGAAGAAGACUGAAGAAGAAUAGGAGGAGCCAACAGAGAAUAGGAGUUUUAGAAAGGAGGGCUCUUCCUGAGUAGAGCUGUUUGCUGUGUGGUCUGCUCUCUGCCAGCUCCACUCCCACAACUAUGGACUAAAAACGGUCAAAAACUCAACUUUACAAAGAUUUGACCAACUUUGGAGCUUUGGGUUUCUGCAUGGUUUUGCAGCCAAAAGUCACUCUCAACUGAGGAAAGAAAGGCUCGAGAAAAAGAGAUGAGGGACCAAGACAGCAGCACCUCGGCCUCUCAAACGGAGGGAGAAGUUGAGGGAGAGAUGGACGGAGAGAUGGACGGAGAAAUGAAGGGUGAAGAAAAAGAACGUGAAAAACACAGGGACAGUCCUGUCCCCGGUCUGUGCGGCUUAUCCGCGUCUCUAAGCGCCGUCAUGCGCAUCAAACAGAAGUACCGGGCCAUGAAGAAGAGGCGGCAGGACGUGGCCCUGGGGUUGGCUGCAGACGUGCCCCUCACCGGAGCUCCCCACAGAACCAGCCCCAAAAUCUUCACCUUCGACGGACUCACCCCGUCCAGCUUCUCGUCCUCUGUCCCCCAGUGGAAGCAGAAGAGGAGGAGGAAACGGGUGUUGUAUCCCAACAGAGGGGGGUGCAGGGCGCCUCCGAAGCAGGAGAGCAGCCGGGCCAAAUACUGCCUCGUCCUGCUCUGUGCCAUCGUCUUCAUCCAGGUGUACAACGCCAUUGAGAACCUAGAUGACCACGUUCUCAGGUACGACCUGGACGGGCUGGAGAGGACGCUAAGGCGAGAAGUGUUUGGGCAGCAGGGAGCGGUGGAGGGACUGCUGUCCCACCUGAAGGACUACUUGUCCACCUACGUCCACAACAAGCCCCUGGUGGUGUCCCUGCACGGCCCCAGCGGCGUGGGCAAGAGCCACCUGGGGCGCCUCCUGGCGGGACACUUCCGCUCGGUGGUGGGGGAGACGCUGGUGCUGCAGUACUACGUCCUCCACCACUGCCCCCAGGAGGCCGACGCCCUUCAGUGCGCCCGCGACCUCGCCGCCCUCAUCACGCAGAUGGUGGAACGCGCCGAGGAGGAGGAGAAGAUCCCGCUCUUCAUCUUCGACGAGGCGGAGCACAUGCACGACGAGAUCCUGGACGCCUUGCUGCAACUCGUGGACUCCAAACAGUCCAACGAGUACCUGAACGCCAUCUACCUGUUCCUAAGCAACCUGGGCCACACGCACAUCACCAAACAUAUGCUACAAAACUCCUCAAGUAUUUCAAUGGCGGUGGCGUCGUCAGGGCGUCACAGCCACCUCGUGAAAGAGCUGACGCCAAUAUUACGCCGCACUCUGGAGAAGCUUCACCCGCUGUGGACAGAGGCGGACGUCUUACCUCUGGGCCUUCUGGAGAAAGACCACGUGAUGGAGUGCUUCCUGGACGAAAUGACUCGAGAGGGCUUCUACCCGGAUCAUACCAACAUAGAGCGGCUUGCGGGGGAGAUUGAAUAUUACCCCGAGACAGGGGGGCACCAAUACUCUCAGACAGGCUGCAAGCAAGUGGUCGCUAAAGUCAACCUGCUGUGAAAUCCCUCGGCAGGAAAUGUCUGAAUGUUUCACAUUCUUCAACGAAAGAGGAAAUCGGCGCACUGGAAGGGAGUGAAGUUCUGUGGUUAUGAAACUUGAAUGGCACAACUCGGAGCCACAGCUUUUAAAGUGCCGUUUUGUAAGAGUAGGUUGGGGGGGGGGGGGGGGUUUAUCUUGUGAAGAGGUCACACAAACAGUCCUUAAGAGAUAUGCAGAUUUUAUUUGCCUCCACUAAAACACAAAGGAGGUAAGUGGAAAUUUGUGUUGCUCACAAUAUAAUUUCAUUAAUUUUACACUGUCAACUUGUUUUAUUGGGAUUAUUUUUUCAAUCAAAACCUGUUGACAGUGAGGUGUGUCGAUUAUCGUGGGAUGGCAAUGUUGUAGUCGACCACUUUGGUCCAGACUGAAAUAUCUCAGAAACAAUCGGAUGCAUUGGCCCAUUUAUCCAGACGUUCAUGUUCCUCGGAGAAUGAAGCCUCAUGACUUUGGUGAGUCUCUGACUUUUUAUCUUGUGCCACCUUGAGGGUAACAUUUGAGCAAAAACAUCUCAGCAACAAUUGGAUGGACUGCCAUGACAUUUGGUACAAAUAUACAGAGUGCCGUGAGGCUCAAUCCUGGACUCAAAGACUGGUUCUCUGACUUUCUCCUCUAGCCCUUUACAGGCAAGUUUACAUUCUGGUUUUGAGUGAAUAUUUUGAACAACUCUUGAAUGAGUUGUCACAACAUUUGGUCCCAACAUGCUGUACGUGUUCCCCUCUACAUGACAGUAAUUACUGUGAAGAUGCUUUAACUUUUCAUCCAUCGCCAUCAUCAGGUCAAAUACUUUAAUUUGUCCCAUACUUUGUUUUAUGAUCACAUACCUCAGAAAACUAAUGACAUUUCCAUCAGCCUGUUAGCAUGCUAACACGCUAAACUAAGUCAUCACAUCAUAAACAUUACAGUUGCUCAACAUCCACAUGUUAUGGUCAUUUUGAGCAAGUGGGAAUGCUCAGAAGACUAUUAUUGUUGUUGUUAAAAUGGAAUUGUCUAAUUAUGUGAGCGAAUUUCAUUCACCUCCACCUUUGGAACAGGUGGAGGUGAAUCUCAGAGAUGGAUGGAUUUAAAAACCUGGAACAAAACUUUGUAGACGGCUUGACACAACAAAAGGAAAAUGAGAAUACAUAUAAUUGUAUGAUUUGGGUGAGCAGACUGUUUUAACCCCUUUUUGUUUAUGUUACUACGUAUUCGGCAGCUCAACCCAACACAGAAGAGAUGAGUAAGACCAAUAUUCAUUCAUGUAUAAAAGGAAGCUUCGAUAUUUAUAAUGCAUCAGUUACUAACGCAUUUUUGGACAAUUAGAAGUAGUUUUUUGUCAGAAUUCAGCAUGACUUUUAUUAAUGCUAGUGCAAGUCAGCAAUGUGGAUGUACUCGCUAAUAAUAUACCUAUAAUGGUAUUUAAGCAAUGUAUUCAGCCUUGGACCUGCAUAUGGAAAGUUAGCAGCAUAGAGGAAUAUGUCCUGCAUACUCUAAUAUGUAAGAGAGAUAUAUUCCCUUUGUUUGAGAAUAGGUUCUCCCAACAAGUGUAUUUAUUAAAGAUAUAGUUUUGAAUGGAUAUACUACACGUUGACACCCAAAGUGCAACACAGACUCACACUAGCAUUGAUUUUUAUUGACCUGAUGAGAAUAUGAAUAUGUUAAUAUCCUGUAUUCAGGUAUUUUACAGUCUAAAUAUUAACUUUAAUGUAUAACAACUGCCUUUUUUCUAAUUAAAGACACCUU